AUAUAAAAGAGCUAGCUUUUGUCGUCGUGAAAGUAAGACAUCUUGACUAGUUCCAUCCCUGGCUAAUUGUUGGGACCAUUCAGUACGAUCGAAUAUGUACAGGUUUCUCCUUUUAUCACUAUUUCUUGCCGUCUUGUUUUCUGCUACACUAUCCGAUACACCACAACAGAUCGUGAACAAAUAUAGAAACUAUCACAAAAUAUGCAGUGGACUGGGAUAUAAAAGAAAAUGGGGUCCUAAUAAGCGUGUUGUCGCUUUCCAAGCCAUGCUUCAGAAUCACCUAUCGAAUCUUCGAAGUCAUCAGACGGUUAGAUUUGACGCAGUAAAAUUAAAUGAAGGAUCGGGAUAUGACGUCGAUACGGGGAAAUUUACUGCUCCGGAGGAUGGGGUUUACUCCUUCAGCUGGAAUGUUCUGGUUAAGUGGGGCGGAAAGUUUCAUACACAGAUUGUUAAGAAUGGUAAUAUCAUUGCGAGAAAUUACGCCGAUGGUAGAAUAAUCAAGAGGGGUCAUUUCCUGACAAGCUCAUCAACGGUCAACAUCAAAAUGAAGAAAAAUGAACAAGUGUGGAUCAGCGUACACGACACGUACGGACAAUACGUUCAUGGCAGCUAUUGGUCAUAUUUUUCUGGCUUUAAAUUGUAGUCAUUCAAUUCACUUUGAUAAUAAAUGUAUGUGUUUCACUUGUAAAUACA